AGAAAUGAAAUUUCAGUCCCAAUUGAAAGCUUAAACCCUAAACAGCCAUGUUGCUUCAACCAAUUACCUCAAAAUUUGCCCUAAAUUAUCACGCACAGAAUCAGCGUCACUCGAAUUCGUCAAAUGCAAUCUCAUUCUCGUCGGAGUUGCGGCGAGAUUCCACCUUUUCGGUGAAGCAGCCGUUGGUAUCCGCCGGUUAUAAAACCCCUAAAAGCUCCGGCUUGGUUACGUGUUCUUCAAUAUCACAGGUUCAUAGCUAUGGAACAGUUGACUACGAGAAGAGACCUAUGCCGAAUUGGAACGCUAUAUUCAAGAAGAUAUCGAUGAUGGAUGACCGCAAUGCAGGCGCUGCUUCUGCUUUGAACCAGGUGGAAAAUGAGGGUCGGAGGAUCACCAAAUGGGAGCUUUGCAGGGUCGUGAAAGAGCUCAGGAAGUUCAGGCGCUACAGAUAUGCUCUUGAGGUUUACGAGUGGAUGAAUAAUAGACCAGAGUUAUACAGAAUAACGACAAGCGACACUGCCAUUCAGUUAGAUUUGAUCGCCAAAGUGCACGGGGUUGAGAGUGCAGAACAAUACUUCAUGAAGUUGCCGGAUGCUUUAAAAGAUAAGAGAAUCUAUGGGUCUCUUUUGAAUGCAUACGUCCGCGCUAGAAUGAGGGAAAAGGCCGAAUCUCUAAUGGACAAAAUCAGGUACAGUGGCUACGCCAUUCACGCACUUCCAUACAAUGUGAUGAUGACACUCUACGCAAACCUUAAAGAUCACAACAAGAUCGAGUCGCUUAUAUGGGAGAUGAAGGAGAAAGGCGUCGUGCUAGAUACCUACUCGUACAAUAUUUGGCUGUCGUCGUGUGGAUCUCAAGGAUCUCUCGAGAAAAUGGAGCAAGCUUUUGAACAGAUGCAGCUCGACGACGCCAUCAAUCCCAACUGGACAACCUUCAGCACGAUGGCUACAAUGUAUAUCAAGUUUGGCCAUCUCGGCAAGGCGAAAAGCUGUUUGAGGGAGAUGGAGAUUCGAAUAACCGGUCGGGAUCGAAUCCCAUAUCAUUACCUCAUCAGUCUCUACGGCAGCGUGGGCGACAACGAAGAGGUGUAUCGAAUAUGGAAAAUUUACAAGGCUACAUUCGUCAACAUCACCAAUUUCGGCUACCAUACGAUGAUCUCUGCCCUCGUUCGAGUCGAUGACAUCAACGGUGCUGAGCAAAUCUACGAGGAAUGGCUUUCAGUGAAGUCGCUGUACGAUCCGAGGGUCGCGAAUCUCCUUCUGAGUUCGUACGUUAAGAAAGGGCUUUCCGAGAAGGCGGAAGCCUUUUUCGACGAUAUGGUCAAAAUGGGAGGAAGGCCUAACGCGAUGACUUGGGAGAUUCUGUCGGAAAAUCACAUCCGGAAUACGGAAAUCUCCGAAGCGUUGUAUUGCAUGGAGAAUGCUGCGUCGGCUGAAGGCUCGAUGAGCUGGAAACCGAAGCCCGUCAACGUCUGCGCCAUUCUCAAGAUUUGCGAUCGAAGAGACGAUGAUGCAAGUAGACAUGCCUUGACGGAGAUCUUGAAGCGAGCGGGUUGUCUUGAUGACGAAGUUUACAUGUCCAAUAUCAAGCUAUCCGACUUCGACGCAAGCUCUACUCCGGCGACAGCGGAGGAUGACGACGAAGCUUCGUAUGCAUUUUCCGACGAGCCCUUUUAAGGUAUGGAUCGGGUUCGGACACAAUGCCGGCGUGCCGGUAAACCGGGUUUUCGACGUGAUGGGGACUUGAAGUCCCGGACCUGCAACUAGUGUGUGCCGACAAUAUGGUUUACCCCAUACAGCUAAGAUGUCUAUUCCCAAACAGUAAUGAAUCCUUAAAUUUGUUAAAUGACAUAUCAGUGGUCCAUUUUCAGCUGUGUUAGAAAAACAAGCCUAUAUCAUUUAUUAUAAAAUUGUGUACAA